AGACGCCCUCUGAUUGGCUAGCGUGUGUUUACGUAGCAACGGUCCGGAAGAUGUCGCUGAGGCCAGUCCUAAAAAACUUCCGCCUUAAGUUGUAAAGAAAACAUUGCAGCUAAAAGGCAAUCGACGGCGUAACCAACCCAUUUAAGAAGCCAGAGCGAAGGUAGAUACAAGUACACAUUUGACACACGUACACCGACUCACGCGUCUGCCAUAAAGCUGUUUGUUGGCGUGUUUAAGCAGAUGAAAAAGUACAAAUCUGUCAUUUACUGAAGCUAGCUCAGAGGCUGCGCCGUUAACUGCUAGCACUUCGCUACCAUCGGUUUCAUCGGCCACAGGCCUCUUAUUGGUUUCUUAACGGCUCCAUCGUGAUAAAAUUCUCACCAGUUUAGGUCAAUAAGUACUGGGAUGUAGCAUUUAUAAAUUAUCCUGCCUACGAAAAACAGUUAAACUCAGAUAAACGCCCUAAAGCUACUUUCUUAGCUACGUCCAGUUAGCCGGCUAGCUCUUACACGGGGCUGAGUGCUUUCAGUUUGCUUGUUAGUUUAUGCUGAUAAAAAGCCAAAAUGAGCAUAACAGACGGAAAAUCUUCCUAUUUCAGCUUACAAAUAUACAAGUAAAGCUGGUCACACUGUCAAAUGCUACCGAUCGCAUGAUUGUUAGCCUUGAACCAGUACUCAAUAUUGUUUUAUUCCCUGUUUAAUGUAUUUAAGCAUGUAUGAAAACAAGGAAGAAGAGAAAUCUGCUAUAUGUCUCCUAACAUACAGUACGUGAUCACAAAACUGAGUGGCACAAUUGUGUUUCGACUAAUGAAUGUGGAAGUUAGAAGUUUUAAGUAUUUGUAAUGGAGAAAUAUCCAGAAUAUACAGUGGAUAUAGAAAGUCUACACACCCAGGUUUUUGUCAUGUAAACAAAUUAAAUAAAGAUAAAUAAUUUCACAACUUUUUCCACCUUUAAUGUGACCUAUAACCUGUACAACACAAUUGAAAAACAAACUGAAACCUUUAAGGGGAAAAAUAUAAAAUAGAAAAGUUAAAAUAACCUGGUUGCAUAAAUAUACACACCCUUAAACUGAUACUUUGUUGCAGCACCUUUGGCUUUUAUUACAGCACUCAGUUCUUUUGGGUAGGAGUCUAUCAGUGUGGCACAUCUUGGUAUGGCAAUAUUUGCCCACUAUUCUUUGCAAACCGCUCCAAAUCUGACAGAUUACGAGGGCAUCUCCUGUGCACAGCCCUCUUCAGAUCACCCUACAAAUGUUCGAUGGGAUUCAGGUCUGGACUCUGGCUGGGCCAUUCCAAAGUCUCAAUCUUAUUCCGAUGAAGCUGUUCUUUUGUUGAUUUAGAUGUGUGCUUAGGGUCAUUUUCAUGCUGAAAGAUCAAGUUCCUCUUCAUCUUCAGCUUCCUAGCAGAAGGCAGAAGGUUUUGUGCCAACACUGACUAAGGCACCAGUUCCAGCUGAAGAAUAACAGCCCCAAAGCAUGAUGCUGCCACGACCGUGCUUCACUGUGGGUAUGGUGUUCUUUUGGUGAUGAGCAGUGUUGAUUUAGCGCCAAAUAUACCUUUUGCAAUGAUGCCUAAAAAGUUUAACUUUGGUUUCAUCAGACCAUAACACAUUUUCCCACAUCCGUUUGGGAGAUUUCAGAUGUCUUUUUGCAAAAUCAAGCUGGACUUUGAUGUUUUUCUUUGUAAGAUAAGGCUUCCAUCUUGCCACCCUACCCCAUAGCCCAGACAUAUGAAGACAGCGGGAGAUUGUUGUCACAUGUACUACACAGAAAUUCCUGCAGCUCCUUCAAUGUUGCUGUCGGCCUCUUGGUAGCCUCCCUGACCAGUUUUCUUCUCGUCUUAUCAUCAAUUUUGGACCGGCGUCCUGUUCUUGGUAAUGUCACUGUUGUGCCAUAUUUUCUUCACUUGAUGAUGACGGUCUUCACUGUGUUCCAUGGUAUAUUUAAUUCCUUGGAAAUUCUUUUGUAGCCCUCACCUGACUGAUAUCUUUGAAUAAUGAGAAUAAUGGAAGCUCUCUGCGGACCAUGGCUUGUGCUGGAAGAUGUGGCUACAAAAAUGUCAGGAAAAGCUACUAGAACAGCUGAACUUAAUUUGGGGUUAAUCAGAGGCACUUUAAUUGGUGACAGGUGUGUGGUGACUCCAAUUUAACCUGAGUUUGAAUGUUAUUGGUUAAAUCUGAACACAGCCACAUCCCCAUUUAUUAAAGGGUGUGCACACUUAUGCAACCACAUGAUCUCAGUUGUUUAUUUUUACUUCACCUCCCUGAAAGAUUUCUGUUUGUUUUUCAAUUGUGUUGUAGAGGUUAUAGGUCACAUUUAAGGUGGAAGAAGUUGUGAAAUUAUUUAUCUUGAUUUAAUUUUUUUUACCUGACAAAAAACUGGCAGUUGAAAAAGGGUGUGUAGACUUUUUAUAUCCACUGUAUGUGAGGUAUUACAGGUGAAGUGCCACGGUUAGAAAGCUCCAUUUCAUACAGCUCUAUUAGAAAAUGUGCUGGUCUGUAUAAACAGUAUAAACAGAUACUUCCAACCCUCCCAAAUACCAAUUGUAAUGCCUAAUCUCUACCCUAACCCAUGCCAAGUACCAGUGUGAUGCCAAGGCUUUUCCCAGCGGUUUAAAGUUGAAAACUUUUAAUGCUGCACUGCAAGGAGCUCUGCAGAAUCAUUUUUGUAAGGCAGCAUAACAUCAGAGAUUGUAGAUAGCCAAAAACUGACCUUCAUAAUAACUCUGCAAAAGAAGCUGUAUCCAAUCUGGACUGCUCACUUAAUAGCCAGAACCCAGCCGGCACUAGAACUAUACUGUGAUCAGCUCUCUGAAUCCCUAAAGAAUCACAUUACAACCUUAUUGAAAAUACUUACUAUCUAACUACGGUGUACAACUCUGAGGGCUAGAAUAGCUUUGUUUGCCUCUUUGUUAUGUUAUCUCCAAGGCUAAUUUUUGGUGAUAAAAAGUAAAGUGAUCUCAUUAUCUUAAGAAAAGACGGACUAAGCAACCAUAUGGCGUCUACAUAUAUUUUGCCGAUGUUUAAACUUGUCUCUGUUCACAAAUGCAGAUCUAGGAUGUACGCACGUGCGUCCAAAUGGAAAUAAAACAACAGCUAGGUUUUUAAAAUAAAAGCAACACACUUGUAUAGCAUGUUGAUGAUUUGAUUGACGGACCUCAAGAAGGGCAGGGCAGGGACAUCCAAAGGGCCGUAAAAUGCCCAGGUGUGGUCUAGACUAACUGCUGGAUUAAUAUCACAAUUUCUUACAUUGUUAAGCUGCUAAAGCUGUCCAGAUUUUGGACUUAAAAAUAUUAGCGAUAAGAAAAUCUGAGUAAAAAUCAUUUUGUUAUUAGAAAAUAAUUAUCUUAUCUUGGGACAACAAAGCUUGUUUUGUCAAUAUUAUAUUACAGUGACCAUUUACACUUGCAGCAAACCUUAAAAAAAGGCAAAAGUCGUGCAGAAAAUUUGUCCGAUAUUUAUCUAAAAACAAAUAAAAAUGAACGUCCAAGGUUUCAUUAAUACUCUGCUGAUUUUCUUUUUUUUUUAACCAGGCUCUUGUCACUCUGGAGCUGGUGUGGUUUCCGGAGAGUGUGUGAGUGUGUGUGGGUGAGUGUAUGUGUGAGUGUGUGUGAGCUGCAGAUUCCUCCUCACCUUUUCACCAACAGCUGCUCCUCCCUGGAGGAUGACAAUGGAGGAGAUGAAGAAUGAAGCGGAGACAAACUCCAUGGUAUCCAUGACGCUGUACGCUGUGAUGUACCCAGUUUUCAAUGAGGUAACACAUCUGGUUUGGACAGAUGGCACCUUAAGCACAUUAUUAAUCUCGCUGUUACUGAGUGCUUGUUUGGAUCCUGUUUCACCUUUUUAUUCAGGGUUACUUUGAAUUUUUAGGUACCAGAAUGUGAAUCUGUGGAAACUCUGCGCUAACAUGUUGAAUCCAUGGCAACAAUGUUUUAAUAGAUGCAAGUUUAAAGAGGGCAUGAGGCUGUUUGUGAACGACCAAGACUGAUUCCCGCUGCAGUUUUAAUAAAGCCUCAUAUCACAAACAAAUUAUAUCCCACAUAUCUUUUAGCGAUAUCAAAUCAAAUCUCUGUGGUUGAUUAAGAUAAGCAUUCCAAUAUUUGUUACAAAUGAGGACAGCGAUUGGGUUCAACUAAGAACACAGCCGCUGUUGAAGCACCUGCGAGUUUGAAUCGUAAUGCCAUGAAACAGCAUUUAAACGUCCUUUUAUAUGUUGAAUUAAUGUUUUUUUUCUUCACCAGCUGGAAAGGAUCAACCUAUCAGCAGCUCAGACCCUCAGAGCAGCCUUCAUAAAGGUACGUCUGAAUCACACGACAUUCAUUCAAGAUGAUUGUAUUUUUAAUUUUGUUUACCUGCAUGCGCAAGAAGGUGAAGUGCUGUUCCCUCAGCUUACAGCUUUAUAACAGAGAAGAAAGGAAGGAUGUGUACAUAUAUGUAAGACGACCUCCUUUUUAAAACAACCAUGAUAAAAUAACUUCAAAACUUUCUGAACAGAAACUUAGGAAAUAAAAACCACCAACAUAUCAAGCCCUUUAAAAAUGACUGGUUGAAGUUAAAGCUUCAUUAUACAUUUAAAAUAAACUACAACUUCAUUUGAAUUUGCAUCUGCAUCAAAAACAUCAAUGAAUUCAAACUCUGAAUGUGCUACAUGUCGAUUGCUCAUGUUGCUAAUAUGUAGGGCUGGGCGAUAAAACGAUUACGAUAUAUAUCGAAAAUUAAUUUCCAUCAGUAUCAAUAUAAAACAUGGUCAAUAUGCUUUUUGAUAGUCAUCAUUCUGCCAUGUUUUGGUAGACUAUACGAAUAGCCAAUGAAAAGGGGAAUUUCUCCAGGUCUACUUCAUGCUGAACCAAUCAUGUACUGCAUUAGAACCAAGUAGCAAACAACUGCGUAGUAGCAGGAUACAGCUACACACAACCAUAACACUUUAACACGUGAAGCUGACAACUGUUGGUGAGAAAAUAAGAAAAGAGUGCUACCCUAGACAGAAAUGCAGAUGAAGGCUCAACAGAUGACGACACCGUCAACAACACUGGCACGAAAACAUCGGUGGUGUGGAGGUACUUUGGUUUUUUGAGGUCGGACAUGAAGCAGAGUAAUGUUCUUGCAAAGUCGGGGAAUACCUCAAAACUUUUUCACCACCUGAAGCAGUGCCACACGGCAGAGCACGCGCAACGCAAAAGGUUACAAACCCUGAGCGGAGCAAGGGGCUCAUGCCGCCUGUGCAGCCGAAACAGCCAACCAUUCAGUCCGUUUUCUCUAGGGCAGCACCUUACGACAAAACAUCAAAGAGACACAAAGACCUCACAGAUGCAGUAGCUUUUCGUAUUGCAAAGACAUGCUACCAAUAAACACUGUUAAAUGUAUUUAUUUAUGUCGUGACUUUUAUCGAUAUCGACUGUUAUGAAAAAAAUAUAUUGUGAUAAACUUUUUCCCGUAUCGCCCAGCCCUACUAAUACGAUAGAAUUGUGCUGUUCAGCCUCGGCAUUCAUGCAUUACUGAGUACUUUAUCAUUUUAAAGACAGGGCAACGCAGACCAGACCUGGCUCCACCGAGGAGCUAAUUUGAGGAGCCGUUUGAGCCGAUUGGUUCUGCUGUCGAGUCUUGUGGGUCCUGUUAUGUAAUGUAAUAUCUCCAGGAAAGUCGCAUCAUUGAAAUGAGAUCACGGGUGCAUAAACACACUAUGAUUGUCUGAAUUUUUCAUGAAAUUUUAUUGGCAGUCAGCAUGCAUGAAAAAGAAUCAGCUGCUUGGGAGGAUGGCUAAAAGUGCAAAGACAUCUUAAAUUCAGCAUAAUUUGACCAAAAUUGAAGAUAAUGAGGGAGCAAAAUGUAAUUUGCACAAUAAUUGAUUACAAGGGGAGAGGGUGGGCGCUGCUGCCGUUACUCAGCACAUCAGCAUUUUACAUCAAAUCAAACCAAAAUGUGUUACUUUUGACUGUUUUUGGGGAUGAAAUAAGCUUUUCCUUGUACCAUCUUGUAAUGCUACCAGCCACUUGUGGGGUCAUUGAGCUCAUCAGUAGUUAAUAAUGAUUAUCCACUGUUGAAAUCCAUGUUGGCAUCAGGGGGGAGAGGAGGAGCUGAGGGGAAAACUAGUUGGGAAGGGUAGUGUCCACGUUUAAGAUCUCUCCCAGAAUUUUCUUGAAGACUCCAAAAUCACAGACAAGGACUGGGAGGUCUGUCCCCUUCUCCAGUUAGAUAAAUAUCUGCUCCUCACACUAGCAAUAAUUAGAACUGAAGAAGAGGCGAAACGUCUUCUCAACUCUACACAGUCCAGUUGCCUGAUUUUGGAGUCUUCUAGAAAACCAUGACCUGGAUGAAUGAGAAUCUACAUGGACAUCUCUCUCAGAAACUGGCUCUUCCUCAGAUCCUGCCCACCCCACCUUUUAGUGUUAAAAGUCAGUAUGAUGAGAUGUAGUGGACAAGAAAAAUAAAGGGAGCUUUUUUCCACAGGGGGGUUGCCAAUGUUGACACAAAUGGAAAGUUCCUUACAGGUGCUUUAAUAAAACGACUAUUAGGAAUAGAUAAAUGGAGGUCUGCCUGUUCUUUUCAAAUGAAUUGUCUUGUUUUUCCAUCAAAUGACUCUAGUGGGUCUCGGAGAGUCUAGAUAAUUGUACUUCUAUCGACUGAAAUCAACAACCCCUGCGAACAGACUGCCAGAGAAGUUGGAAUAAGCAGUAGAUUUGUUUCUCUCUGCGGUCUUAUAUAUCUGCUCACCAACAGACUCCUGCUGUCGAGUCUAUUAGCAAACUUUUCGGUGAACUUUCUUUUCCUGAAUUUUGAACUUUUCUUUAACUCACUUUUAUCGCAUAUCAAGUCAUUUAACAAAAAGCGAAAAAUUGACAUACAGAAACUAGAAUACGGAGAGUAUGAUAGCAAAAAACGCUCUUCCCUGUCCUGAUUUUCAGUGUUGGUUGUGCUCCACAGCAGCUCAAGCACAUUUGUGAUGAAUAAUCUAUGAAGUCAUAAAAUGCUCUGAUUAGUUUUUAGAUUCUCUCUUUUGUUAUCAGUCAUGCAGACUCUAGUAGGUUGGGUUUAUACGUGUUCAUUACCCUCAAGCAACCCCAUUUGCAUGAUUGAUAUUUUAAUGGAUGAACUCAGCUGACAUCAAUAUAUCCACAUUGCUGAUAUUCAGACUCGUGUAUUGAUUUCACAAGUGAUACCUGAAUGCGGUCAUUAGACGUGACUUUUAGGAAAAAUCCAUACACUGCUGUGAUUGCUGCGGAAUAAUGAAAGCGCGAUGGCCAUUGAUUCCUUCUGUUCUGCCGGCGCUGAUGAGCUGUAGUAUUCACUGAGAGCUCAGAUGAAGUAUUAAUGAAGGAGAAGCAGCUUUGUCGUUCUCCAAACCAAAGGGAGCCGCGCUCACCUUACAGCUGUUUUACUGUGACAUUUGUGGCUCUUUUGUUCACUUGUCUCACUGAUUGGUGUCUCUGCUGCCCCCGCUGCUUCCUGGCUGCUGUAAUUCAUGGUUGAAUAAUUCAGGAGCAGCGCUUUUGUGCAUUCGUCUGAACUUACAUUUAAUAAAAUUCUCUCUUUGUUCUCUGCAGCUCAAAGCCUCGCGCUGCUUUUGUUGGAGAAGAAAAACUUCCUUAUUUUUCCUCUCAUACGAGUCCCUUCAUUCUCUUCCCACCCAAUUAUGCUCCUCUUUUUUUUUUUGUCAGGCGGAGAGGGAGAACCCCGGUCUGACUCAGGACAUCAUAAUGAAGAUCUUGGAGAAAAAGAACGUCCAAAUAAACUUCACUGAAUCUCUACUGCGCAUGGCUGCUGACGAUGUGGAAGGUAAGGUCGUGAGAGAAAGAAGGGGUUUGAUGUUGUGUUGGAAAUGCUUAUUUCUGACAGCAUGGUUUAUUGGUACACGCCGUCACUCUCUUCUCUAUAAAUCAUGGAGUGUCUGUACUAAACCGCCUCUUUCUGCAGAGUUCAUGAUCGACCGGCCUGAGCAGGAGUUCCAGGACCUAAACGAGAAGGCCAGAGCCCUGAAACACAUCCUCAGCAAAAUCCCUGAUGAGAUCAAUGACAGAGUACGCUUCCUACAGACUAUCAAGUAAGUGGGAGCGCACACACAAACACACAAACACACACACACACAAAUAAAUGCACAAUCGCACUUGUGUUUGGGAACACUAGUCUAAGCAAUUAAAGAUCCUGACAGAAGGAAACAACAUGAGGGAGUGCAAACAGGACAUAGUGCUGUCAUAGUGUCGUUUGUGGUUCUCUAUCAUCAAUAUUACCCUGUAGUAGGGCCUUGUUGUGAUGGGAGCACCGGGCGCCUUUCAUUGACAGAGGGAGUGUAGACCUGCAAGAGGGACUGCAGGUGGGCAGGAGCUGGUUUUUAAGCAGUCUGGUUUGCAAGAAGUUAGGGUUGUAUAAAGGGAUGAUGUUUAAACGACCAUUUUGAAACCGAAUAUUCGGAUACACGAAAAUUAAUUAACUCCCAGAAAAUAGCCCAAAUUGAGCACCAUGCUUAUGAUAUCAAAAUGUGUUACAGAAUCUUAUUUAAGCACUUGAGAAUGACAAAGUGACAUAACGUGCUCAAGCCAAGCAGCCUUCUGCGUCAUCGGCCUGCCUCACGCCAUAAGUCAGAAAACAUCACGUUCAACAAUGUUUAUUUUCCAAACUAGAUUUAAACUUUUCUCUUUUUUCUCACCUACAUCGCUCUGGUUGAUCGCAUGUGCUGAUUCACUCUGAGGAAGUUUAACCCAUGAUGCCAUGCAUGCUGCAGGCCAGCGCUGCAAGCCCAGAGCGGCAAGCCAGGCAGAAAGAGUCGCACGCAAAUGAUCCACACAUUUUAGCUUGUUUAAUGCACACUUUUAUUAAGACAUGACGGUAAAAAUGUAAUUUAAAGAAAAAAAAAGAGAAGCAGGAAGUCGGUGCAGAGAGGAACAGCAGAGUGAUAUGUGCUGUUGUGGGCUGGUGGAAAACCAGAUAGGCUGGUCCUUAAUGGCACAGGUUUCUGCUAGUAAGGAGUUGCCGAUGCGGGAUAUUUUGAGAGCCUCUACCACCCACAACUUGCUAAGGCUGUGGCUGCCUUAAGGCUAAAACAUACAGGAUGCGUAUUUGGAGCGUGGCAGCAGCGUUGCGUAUCACACAGCAAAUAGGUUGCCAUUUAAAUCAAUCCAGCAAAGCAAACAGGACGCCUAUCAGCUCCGUCACACCAUUGUAUUGAGAGCAGCACUGCUAAAGAUACGCGACGAAGUCUAUGUCUGCUGCUCUACUCUUCCAAUGCGAGUCCAGCUGACCGGGGCUGCACUACGAUGCUGCCACGCUCCAUAUACGCAUCCUGCAUGUGAUACCUAGAGCUGCUCUACGGAGCAAACACAGAAUGGGCUUAAUACGCAUCCUGUAUGUUUUAGCCUUAAUGCUAUACUACUCAGAUGUAAACUAGCACAGAUUACAGAUUGCAGGUACAGUUUGGUGGAAUUAAACCCAGAGAUUGAAUAGAGGCUGUGUCUGGUUAAGCGAUCAUAUAACCACUCAGCCAGAGCAGAGUGCUCACGUGCUCGGCCUUGACUGUUUUCUUACCUCCGGACUAGUCACUUCCCAUUCGAAUCCCUCGGAAACUAGUCGCUUUGGAACAUCCUUACCUGCAGUGCUCUCAUAUUGGUGUCCCAGCAUGUGAUUUUUCAUUGUGUUCCUGUGUUGUCAAAGCAAAAGAGGAUAGACAGGUAAACAAACAGCAGGGGCCUCACAAAUACACCCACGCGCACACCGCAUUGUUCUGACCCGCCGGCUCUGUCUCUAACAAAAUUGCAGUUUUGCUUUUAUGUCUCUGUUACCAUCUCCAGUGGGGGGCCCAGCAGCAGAGCGGUUUUUAUCCAGCAUUACGCCGCUGUGCGUUUGAUAAUGCAGCCGGGGUGUGACAGCCCUGUGUUAGCAUGGAGGGUGAGAGGAGACCACACAUGGAGCUGCGAGAAGAUGGCUGAUGACUUUACUCAUUAGUAGUUUCAUACAGAACUCACUCUCACUCCUUAAUUCUAGUUAUCAAUCAAUCAAUCACUUUAUUUAUAAAGCACUUUUCAUACAUGGCUUGUAUCACAAAGUGCACAGGGGAUACAAAAUAAAAUGCAAACAAAACACAAACUGCAAAAACCCCACUCAGUAAAGCCCGCAUUUAUUAGAGACCCCCACCUGUCCACACACACAGACACAGACACACACAUACCCACACUCUCACGACCAUCGGGACACCAAGUCAGGGCUUAACAGGAAGCCACAGAGGACCUAGGAAACGCUAUCUUAAACUAAAAUGGGGGAACACUGGAGCUGAAGCUAAACUGAUAAAACCAUGACAAGGUAUAAAAAAAUAUAAUAAUAAUAAUAAUAAUGAUAAUAAUAAAAUAUUUAUAAUAAUAAUAACAAUAAUGAUGAUAAUAAUAAUAAAAUAUUACAUGAUAAUAAUAAUUAUGAUAAAAUAUUUAUUAUAAUAAUAACAAUAAUAAAACAUUAUAUAAUAACAACAACAACAAUAAUAAUAAUAAUAGAAUAUAUAAUAAAACUUUUAUAAUCAAACAAUAAAAGAAAAUAAACAAAUAGUGUUUGAAUAUACUUAAAAGAAAUAAAAAUAAAAUAUGCUAAAAAUACUUAAAAAGAGUAGACUAAAAGAGAGGCUAGAAGAAUAAAACAGAAAUCAGCUAAAGGCCAGACUAAACAGGAAGGUUUUGAGUUUGUGUUUAAAAAUAUGAACCGUAGGUGCUUCUCUCAGGUCUUUAGGCAGACUGUUCCACAGACGGGGGCCAUAAUAAGUUAUAUCUCAUCAAUUUAUAUAAGAGAAAUAGCCAACAUAGAGAUUUCAGUGUUUUGAGAUAGUUUUAGAUCAAUUCAGCUGUGUAAAAUAAAGGCAUGAAUUCAGGUUCGGCUAAGUACUUUGAAUUGAUUUUUCAAGGAAAUUUGCCGAUGAUUAAAAGGAACUGAAACUGUGUUUUAUGCACCGGAUUUUAUGAUACUUGCAAAGUGUGAUUAUAUUAAUGACUUACGAGUUAAGCCUGGGCAGCCUGUUAGGACUGGAUUUACUGCCAUCUGCCAGCCCCUCACCACUUCCCAGCCCAACUCUCAUGCCAGAUACAGCUACCUCUAAGUCCAAAAAAAACCACAUGGUGAGAGCCAGAAAGCUCAAGUUUUAAAGCCUGUCCACUAACUAGUGGUGACCGGUCCACUUCUCAUAGGGUCUGUACAUUAAGACUUUCCGGUAAAUGUGACUGAAUAAAAAGUUGUUUGUAGUUUUUCUUUUGAUUAAACAGUUUGACAUGGUGCACCUGGCAAUAAAGAGCAGAAGCUUCGGAGGGAACACACAAGAACACUUUGUCCUUUAAAUCCAGCCUAUUCACAUCUUGCUUUGACAGAAAUGUCAGAUCUGUCCCUAACACAAUGGUUGCUAUACAAUCAACCCUUAUACUCGGCGCUACACGCUUUUAUGGAAUUUUGAGUUGUGAAAUGUCCCAUUUGUAUUCCGACAGAGACAUAGCCAGCGCCAUAAAAGAGCUCCUGGACACAGUCAACAACGUCAUUAAGAAAUAUCAGUACCAGAAUCGCAGAGUGAGUAACAAACAUUCAACACACACACCUUUUUUUUACCUUCAGCAUUUCUUCUUCCUAGGUUGUUUUUUUUUUAAUGAUGUUUCUGUUUUCUCUGUUUGUUUUCUUUGCAUGAAGGCCCUGGAGCACCAGAAAAAGGAGUUCGUGAAAUACUCCAAAAGUUUCAGCGACACCCUCAAAACAUACUUCAAAGACGGAAAGUAAGUGCGACCACCGUCCAGUCACAAUACACAAGAUUUUACAUGUUAAGGUCCUUACACAAAUUUCCUUCAAAGGUCCUUCAAAAUUUGCCUCUGAAUAUUUCGUAAUUUCACGUUCUAUAUUUGUGUCGGCCCCGGUGUGUAAGGACCUUUAGAUCAGUGGUUCUCAAGUCCAGUCCUCGAGGCCCACUGUCCAGCAUGUUCUGGAUGUCUCCCUGCUUCAACACACCUGAUUCAAAUGAUUAGCUCGUUAGUAAGCCAUUACAGAGCUUGAUAACGAGCUGAUCAUUUGAAUCAGGUGUGAUCAGAACCACUGAUUUAGAGAAGCGCAACCCCCUUGAAAUUAUACAACAUUUAGUCCAUAUAAUGACUGUGAAUCAUCUAAAUUUCCAUUGGUAUCCUGGUUUGUCUUGCCCAGUUACAAGUCAAUUUUUUGCUUUUAUUUUGAGUUUGGACUAUUUUAAAUCUACCUGACCCCAGUUUGGGUUUAAAUUCUUCCCCUGAGGUUCAUAAUCUCCUACAAAGCCCUCCUGGACAAGAGCGAUUCAUAAAUAAACUUCCACUUUAAAAGACAAGGAGGAAAAAAAUCCCAAAAUAAGAAAUAUUCAAACUAUACAAAAGCAGACUGGCUCAUUUUAUAAUCAUCAAAACCCUUCGUCUUGCCUUUCAAAUCUUUCAUCCCUCAUGAAUAAUCCAGUUGAAGGUCUUUUUCACUUUUUUUUGCGGACAGAUUUAAUAAAUAAUGCAUGUUUUAAGGAAUGCCGUCCAGAGCUGAAGUGUUUGAUCGGCUUUGGUAUUAAUGUGGAUCAGCAGAAUGUUUAGGAAGCACAUAAUGCAAAAUCAUUCGACAGUUCUUGAAGCUACAUCCAUCAAACGGAAAGAGGAUUCAGUGGGUCUGUUUACCCGGCAUCAUAAACCAAAAUCGAGGUCUAAAAAUGAAAUAAAAGACGGAGUUUCAGCCUCUCAGUGAACUGAGAAAGUGAGUGGAUGAAGGAUAUAUGAUGAUCUAUUUUGUACCAUCCUCUUUUGUAGAAGUAACAAUAGAGGUUUGACAAAGAGGAGGGCACACGGCAGGAAUGUUUGCCUUACUUCGUGUUCAUUUGUGAACCUGCUGCAGGUCCUCAAAAGCCUCUACAGACGCAGACCGCUCCUCAUUCCUAAUCCUUUAACUGUUUGUUUGAACAGCGUCACCCAGCGUCUCCUCUCUGUUUUCUCAAGCUGUGAUUUUGUCUCCUUUCCCAGGGCAAUAAAUGUCUUCAUCAGCGCGAACCGGCUCAUCCACCAAACCAACCUCAUACUGCAGACCUUCAAAACCGUGGCCUAGCCUUUACAGACCACCGAGUCCCCCCCCCCACCCCACCCCUCUCCCCUAACCCCUCCUCCUCCUCCUCCUCCUCCACACCCCAUCCUUUGGGGAGCUACUGCUCGAGAGGUGGAAGCUUGAAGAGCGCCUGACCCGUAUAUGUAAAUUAGACAGAGUUGAUUUUAGGGUUGGGGGUCGAUUCCAUUGAAGUUGAUAUUUUAGAUUCCAGUUCAAGAGACUGAAAAGUGCCAUUUGUUUUUUUGAAAUGAGGAUUUUCCAGUCUUGAAAUGGAACUGAACGGGCCCAAAGUGUUGGUUGAUUGAUUUUAUUUGGACAGUUUUAAUUUAUAACCCUGGUCUUAUUGGGCGUAGGUGAGGCGAGGUGUUUAUUAAAGACUAAUUGCCAUUUUUCUAAUAUAUUCAUGUUGAUCAUUUUACUUUUAGCUUUUCAUUCAUGGCUGCGCAUCUCAAGACCGCAUUCAGUAGGGGUGUGUCUCAGCCGUCUUUACUGGUUUUUUUCUCUUCUCGGCUCCUUUUUUGUGUCAUUUUGCCAUGUUCUGUACGCGCAGGAUCUAGCUGCGGGGAGAGGAAGCAGAGCUGGACAUUCGAGAGGCAGACUCAGAUUUCUUUUUCUCUUUGUUAUCAGAAGACAGAAAGCCAAAUGACUUCCAGCACAGUGUGCGCCUUACCAAGUCCUGUAACAUUCCCUCCUCUCAGUGUAAUGAAGUGGAGCCUGUCCCCGCUGCAGGGGGAUGUAGAGAGAGAAUAGAAAGUUCUGUAUUUAACUGAUAUCUGGUUGCAAAUGUUCAAUAAAUAGUUUCCAAAUGAUGAUGCUUUUUUAAA